AUCUCUUUAUUUUUAUUUAUUUUGAUUAUUAAUAUUUUAGGCUUGGUUCCUUAUAUUUUCUCUUGUUCUGCACAUUUUGUGUUUUCUUUUAAUAAUAAGUGUUUUUCUCAUUUAGUUCCUUUGGGUACUCCUUUAAUUUUAAUCUCUUUUAUAGUAUUAAUCGAGACUGUGAGAAGGUUUUCAUUCGAAAAUGAUACAUAG